UUUUGCAAUAGUGUUCCAUACCCAAAUUAGUGGUUCAGUGUUUACCCUGAAAUUUGUGGAGCUAUUGAAGCUUGGAAGUCCACUCAUAUGAAUUUCCAAAUGAUACGUUAAAUUUGAAGACACCCCAGUUGAAGAAUUGUUGCUCUGCAAUGGCGUCGCUUCUCAAAGCACCUUCCUUUCUCUCCCCUCUCAACCAAAAGAAAGCCCAGGCAGCUGUUGAAGGGGAUGUAGUUGACAAAGAAUCAGUCUCUAUCAAUGAAGAAAGUGAUUAUGGGGUCGUUGGUAUGCACCAUGUUGGAAUUUUAUGUGAAAAUCUUGAAAGAUCCAUUGACUUUUAUCAAAACGUUCUCGGCCUGAAGAUAAAUGAAGCAAGACCAAAUGAUGAGGUGAGGGGUGUUUGGUUGUGGGUAGGCUCUGAGAUGAUUCAUUUGAUGGAGCUUCCAAAUCCUGACCCUUUGACUGGACGACCGGAACAAGGUGGUCGAGAUCGUCACACAUGUAUUGCAAUCAGGGAUGUUUCCAAGCUGAAAGCAAUUCUUGAUAAAGCUGGUAUUCCCUACACGCUUUGUCCUUCUGGAAGACCAAGAAUCUUUACACGUGAUCCUGAUGCAAAUGCUCUAGAAUUUACACAAGUAGAUGAUUGAUGCUUAUGGCGCCAUUAGUCCCCAGAAGGAAGAAAUAAAUGUAGAAAUGGUUACAUGUAAAGGCUGAAGGGACUAAUAGGCCAUGAUAAAGUAGUCUGCUAUGCAGUGACAGUAUAACAGCAAUAAUACAGUAUUGGUCAUCAUAUAAUACUGCACACCACUCCUUCGGAUC